AUCCACGUCAGCCUGUCCCGGAAGUGCACGGAAGAUGGAGGCUGCGGACUGGUGACUGGAAACCGAGGCAACAGUGCUCUCACGUCCGCCGCAGUAGCAGAGCGCCUGCUUGAGGGGAAGAGAGCUUUAUCACAGAAUAAAGAGGGAAAGAACCAGUAGCAGACGGAUCAACUUUGUCCGUCCCGGCCAUGUCAUUGUUCCAGUCGGCUCUUGACUUCCUGGCGGGGCCCGGCACCGCUGGAGCUGCAAGCCGAGAUCAAAAUGAUUUUGUGGGGCAAACAGUGGAGAUGGGUGAGAUGAAACUCCGAAUCAAGCGAGUUAUCGCCGAAGGUGGUUUUGCUUUUGUGUAUGAGGCACAGGAUAUUGGAAGCGGGAAAGAUUAUGCUUUAAAGCGACUUCUUUCCAAUGAAGAGGAGAAAAACAAGGCCAUUAUUCAAGAGGUCUGCUUCAUGAAAAAGCUCUCAGGUCAUACAAACAUUGUUCAGUUUUGUUCUGCAGCCUCAAUAGGCAAGGAAGAAUCUGAUACUGGGCAAGCAGAGUUCCUUAUUCUUACAGAGUUAUGUAGAGGCCAACUAGUAGAUUUCAUCAAGAAAGUGGAAGCAAAAGGACCUUUAACUUGUGAUGCUGUGCUGAAGAUUUUUUAUCAAACCUGUAGAGCUGUACAACAUAUGCACAAACAGAAGCCACCUAUAAUCCACAGGGACUUAAAGAUUGAAAAUCUUCUCAUCAGUCAUCAAGGCACAAUUAAACUGUGUGACUUUGGUAGCUCAACUACAAUUGCUCAUUACCCCGACUACAGCUGGUCUGCACAAAAGAGGUCUAUGGUAGAAGAAGAAAUAACUAGAAACACUACACCAGCAUACAGAACACCUGAGAUGAUUGAUUUGUACUCUAAUUAUCCUAUUAAUGAAAAGCAGGAUAUUUGGGCUCUGGGCUGUAUUCUGUAUCUUCUGUGCUUUAAACAGCAUCCAUUUGAAGAAGGAGCAAAACUUCAGAUUGUGAAUGGCAAAUACACAAUCCCUCCAAAUGAUGCCAGAUACACAGUCUUUCACAAUCUCAUUCGCUCCAUGUUAAAGAUUAAUCCAGAGGAAAGACUAUCAAUUGUUGAAAUUGUGAAUCAGUUGCAAGAGAUCUCUGCUGCAAGAAAUGUAACUCCUAAGUCACCUGUCACUGAGCUCCUUGAGCAGAAUGGAGGCUAUGGAAACAGCAUUACGCCAAGAUCCUCCAUCAGUUCAGCAUCUCAGCCACCAAAGCCAGUAGCGCAAAUUAACAACAUUCACAAUUCAGGAAAUCUUCCCAGUGAUGAUCAGUCUGUUAGUGGUGGCUUCUUUGAUAUUCUUAAAGGAGGCACUGAAAGGAUCCUUAGUAACAUCAAGGAUACAUCAUCAAAAGUCAUUCAGUCAGUUGCAAAUUAUGCUAAAGGUGAUUUAGAUCUGUCCUACAUUACUUCAAGAAUAGCAGUAAUGUCCUUUCCAGCAGAAGGUGUAGAGUCUGCUAUUAAAAAUAACAUUGAGGAUGUGAGACUGUUCUUGGAUUCUCGGCAUGCUGGGCAAUAUGCUGUCUACAAUCUGUCUCAGCGUGCUUACAGAUACACCAAGUUUCAUAAUAGGGUUUCUGAAUGUGGUUGGCAAGCAAGAAGAGCUCCCACAUUGCAAAACCUGUACAGCAUUUGCAAAAAUAUGCACCAGUGGCUCAAACAAGAUCAGAAAAACAUUUGUAUUGUUCACUGUCUUGAUGGCAGAGCAGCCUCGGCUGUGGCAGUCUGUGCCUUCCUCUGUUUUUGUCGCCUCUUCACUACAGCUGAAGCAGCAGUCUACAUGUUUAGUAUGAAGCGGUGUCCCCCUGGUAUUUGGCCAUCUCACAAAAGGUAUAUAGAGUACAUGUGUGAUAUGAUGGCAGAAGAACCCAUAAUACCUCACACCAAACCUAUCCUCAUCAAAUCAAUCAUAUUGACACCAGUGCCCUUGUUUAACAAGCAGCGCAAUGGCUGUAGGCCUUUCUGUGAAGUAUAUGCUGGGGACCAACGUGUUGUCAGUACCUCCCAAGAGUACGACAAAAUGAGGGAGUUUAAAAUAGAAGAUGGCAAAGCAGAGAUACCCUUGGGAAACACAGUUCAAGGGGACAUUCUGAUCAUCAUUUAUCAUGCCAGAUCAACUUUAGGAGGGAGAUUGCAAGCUAAGAUGGCUUCAAUGAAGAUGUUCCAGAUCCAGUUCCAUACUGGAUUUGUGCCGAGAAAUGCCACUACAGUAAAAUUUGCAAAAUAUGACCUGGAUGCCUGUGACAUCCAAGAGAAGUAUCCUGAUUUAUUUCAGGUCAAUUUAGAAGUGGAGGUAGAGCCUCGUGAUCGCCACAGCAGCAGAUCAUUACCCUGGGAAAACUUCCCUACAAAGGGACUCAACCCAAAAAUCUUAUUCUCUAGCCGAGAGGAACAGCAAGAAGUUUUAGCUAAAUUUGGUAAACCAGAACUCCCCAGGCAACCAGGUUCAACUGCCUUCUAUGAUGCAGAAACACCUCGGUCUGAAACCCAUCAAGAUAGUUCCAAUACAGACCCAGAAUCACCACAAAGUACAGAUACUAAUGCAAAUAGUUUUUUCCAGACAUUAGACUGGGAUGAUGGAAGAGAAAAAGAUGUUAUGUCAGAUGGAGAUUUUAUAAAAGAAACUGACUUGGAAGAUCAAGAUGAUAAUAGCAAUCCUUCUAAUCACGAUUUUUCCCCUUUGCAUGGAGAGGAGGCUGAUUUGGAAUGUGAACCAGGUGAAACUAGCCAGCAACAGAAUAAUGAGCCACUUUUUGAUGUAGAUUUCACAGAACUUACUAAGGAUACCAAGGCAGAAGAAAGUGUGGACCUGUUGGGACUCAAUACAGAGACCCAGCCAGUGGAGGCACAUAUACAGGGAGGAAUGAAGACCUCGUCUAGUAAUGCUGAUCUUCUUAAUGAUUUGUUUGCCCCUUCUGGAACUGCCAUACCACAGACCCUAGGAGGAAGUACUGAAAACCUUAUUGGAGGAACUGAGGAACCAAAUUUCUUCUUCACACCAGGGACAGGCAGUCUGGGACAGGGAACAAUACAGUCAAAUACAGCUGUGUCUGCUAAUGCUGGCGACCCAUUUGACCCUUUUGGCAUUGGAUCAUCUUCUGUAGCUGGACAUCAGUCUGAUUCUAAUCUUUUUGGAGAUUUGCUAAGCCCAAGUGGCACCUCCAGCUCCUUUCUGCCCUCAAAUCCUCUUGUUCCACCUCCAUCAUCCAGCUCAGAAUUCUUCAAUCUAAAUCAUCUGUCUUCCGAAUCUUCAAAGCUGUCAUCUUCUGCUAGUCACCCUGAUCUUCUUGGAAAUUGGAACACAUGGACCUCCUCUCAAAAAAGCAAUCGAACCAUCCCAUCACAGGACAGCAAACCAGUUAUCUCAGGAGCUACUCCUGGGGUGUCGUCAGGUUCGUCCAUUAAUCAAACCAAGUCACAGAGUUUUGACCCUUUUGCUGAUCUUGGCAAUCUUGGAACAAAUUUGCCAGGAGGUGGACUGUCGGCCCCAGGCAUAAAUCAAAAAUCGUCCCAAACCUCCACAAGUGGCAAUCAGUGGCAGUCAAAUCGACCACCAACUGCAAACAAAACAUGGUCUCAACAUCAGGCAGCUAAGCCCAACCAACAGCCCUCCAAGCCUAAUUACACUGUGAACUUUAGUGUGAUAGGAGGGCGGGAGGAGAGGGGCAUCAGAGGACCUGGAUUUGGACCUAAGCCCAAAGUAAAGGCUAGUGAUUUUGAGGAUCUGCUAUCAAACCAAGGUUUUGCCUCAAAAAAUGACAAGAGAGUUCCAAAGACAAUUGCAGAGAUGCGGAAACAGGAACUGGCCAAAGACAUGGAUCCACUCAAGCUUAAGAUUCUUGAAUGGAUAGAGGGAAAAGAAAGAAACAUUCGAGCUCUCUUGUCUACACUGCACACAGUGCUCUGGGAAGGAGAAAAUAAGUGGAAACCAGUUGGAAUGGCAGACCUAGUAAACCCAGAUCAAGUGAAAAAAUAUUACAGGAAAGCUGCUCUUGUAGUGCAUCCUGACAAGGCCACUGGGCAGCCCUAUGAGCAAUAUGCCAAGAUGAUCUUCAUGGAGUUGAGUGAUGCAUGGUCAGAAUUUGAAAACCAAGGUUCAAAAGCACUCUUUUGAGAAUCAACUUCCAAAGAAGUUUUUGCAGUUAAAUGUGGUUGGAAUUGUUCUGGUAUUUGUCUUUCUAGGAACUCCUUUGUAAGCAUCUUCUAGAGAGAAAAAAAUCACUAAUUUAUUUCUUCUCAAUAAUAUAUGAUAAGAAAGAAUCUAAGUUAUUAUGGGGUUAUAUUUUCAUAGGACAAUCACUGUAUCAGCCAAACAUCUAUAUGAAUCCAUAUGAAUGUUCUACAGUUUAUAUAAAAAAAAAAAAGGAAAAUUAAGAAGAAAAGUAGAAUUUUAAGAUGUCUGACAGAGGAUCAAUUGCCUUCUGUUAUGUUCAUAUUGAAUAUGAAUCUUUACAAUAUUAUGUACUGCCAUUUCGGGUAAUCUGCUACAAUGAAGAAACGAAGACUGCAUUCAGUCCCUUCUGUGCAUUAUUAUUGAAGGUAUUGAUUACAGAAAUAGAAAAUGAUUGUAAAGUCUUCUGCUUUCAGAUGAAUCAUCAUCAAGAUGUUUAACUUGCAGGAAUGUGCAUAAUGUGUAGAAUGUUCUAGUUGACUAGUCUGGUCAAAAUGAUGUGAAGUCAUAAUAUCAUGUUUAGCCUUACCGUGAUUAACUUGUUUAUCAAUACAUGCCAUCGAUGUAUGUUUUUGUUGCCCAUCUUCGCAAUUCAGUUUUAUGUUAUACUCCAUUUGAUAAGAACUUUGCUGAUUAUAUCAUAUUCAACACUACCAAAUUAGCAUUCUUUUUUUCCACUGUGUUUUUUAGUGUAGUUUUCUUAAAGUUUUUAUAAUGUAAGGACAAAAGAACAAAAAUAUAUAGAUUCCAAAAGAUAACUGUCAGUGUGUUGUCAAGUAUAAAAUCAUUCCACAGCAGAAAAAUGUCGUUUUUAUUGUAUUUGAAGCAGAAUUACUACUAAUUUGAAUGAAAAUGUUUUGCUAUAACCAAAAAGGUCAUGUUGUAUAAUCUAACAAGGCAACGCCAUGCAGUAUUUGGUCCAUUGCUCUGUCUUAAAAGUAGUGCUUCUUUUCCUGCCAUUUGUAUUCUUAGUAUUUAAGUUCUUUUUUUGGUACAGGCAUCAAAGCAUUCUGAAUGUUUAGUUUUAUAAUAUUAAAAUUCAGCUUAACAGAGCAUACCAAAAUGAAAAUGAAUGUCAAAUUUAGUCACUUGCAGCAUCACAGAAUUAUCUUUUCCUUUUCACGUUUAUAUUAAAGUGACAUUACUUUAUUUUCAGUGCAGCAAAUAAUGAGAAGAAAGUGCAAGUAAAAUAGUAAAAACAACUAUUGGGGAUCACUGAUGAGGGAAGUUGACUCUGUGCUUUGUUCCAAGAAGUGUUUACUGUAUUAAGUAAGAAAAAAUUCUGUCACAAGCUGAUUGUUAAAAAUAUGAAUGCAAUAUUGUUAACGACAAAUAAUAACUAAACCUCUCGCCUUGAGAAUUGUGUAUCAUAAUAUACAUUUUUACGUUUGCCAUGUGGUGCUACUUCCUGCCAUUUUUGAGCUAAAUUCUGCUAUUAGUCACUUGUUCAUUCUCAGUGUUCAUAUCAUUAGCAGAGCCUUACUCUCUGUAUUUGUUCCGACUUCUGCUAUGUAAUUUGGCUUUUUUAUGGCCAUUAGUCAAAAGUGCCAGACAUGUAAGAGAAGUUGAUUAGAAAGCAAACAGAAAUGUCAAAUGGAUUUAAAAUGGAAACAGCAAGUUCAACAGAUUCUGUUUGGGAUCAGAUUGAGGUAUGAACCUGUUUAUGCUUGGAAAUUAUAUAAAAACAAACUGUUAACACUGGAUUUUAUUGUUUGAUACUUAUUGUAAAAAUGAAAGAGGGGUAAUUUCUAAUGAGAACAUUCUUUCUCAGCUACACUCCAAAACUCAACUGGCAUUGUGCUGAUGGGAUUGAUGUGUAAUCCAGCUAUUUAAUUUUUUGCUUGAAUUAAAUGCUGUUUCACCUGUGGGUGUUAAUAUAAGCAUGAAGGGAGUACAAAAAAACACAGUUACACAUUAAAAAGUGGAAAACAAAUUAUAAAGGAAAUGCAAGAAAUAAUUUGUUCAUUCUUUAUGAAUACAUGUAUGUAUAUAUGAACUGUUAUUUUAAACUAUAUGACAAUAUAUCAAAGAUUCUCUGCAGAUGUUGUAUUAGGUUUAUGACAAAUAAAACAAUUAAAAGCUA